AUGUCUCGUGGUGGAUUCAGAGGGAGAGGGAGAGGGGGAGGACCAGGGGGAGAUAGGGGGAUGCCACCGGGGGGUUAUGGAUCGUUUUCAAGGCAAGAGUGGACAGAUGCGAUGGAGAAGUUGAAGGUGGACCCGAGGCAGAGGGGGGUGCUGUAUCCGCCCCUGGGCAACUCAUCAACAGCGUAUCUGUCAGGACCAGAUGAUCACGAGUCGUUGAUCAUGUCACACACGAUAUCACUCAAUUCGACACUGUUAUCUGGUAAACACAUCAACACGAGUAGUGGACCGAUACCUCCUGGGAGUAUACCGCCGUGGAGGAUAGUAGGAGAGAGGAAAGUGGUCGGAAUAGAAAUCGAGUCCUACUCUGACCGAUUCAACACACCCGUACAAGCUGGACCAUCCAGACUAGACCCUGUAGCAUUAAAAUUAGAUCCUCAGAUGUUCCCACCGGUGUUAUGGCAGGAAUACUUCGAAGGGGUAGGGGAUAGACCAAAAAUUAAACUGAAGAGGAAACGGAAGAUCGAAGAUCUGGAUAAAGAAGGUGACGAUAACGCGGAAGAAGAGGAAACGCCACCGCCCUCUUCCGACGAAGAUUUCGAUUUCGACGAUGAAGAGGAAGAAGAUCAUCAGGAUUACGAUGCGAAUUACUUUGAUAAUGGUGAAGGUGACGAUGAUAGUGGUGGUGAUGAUGAUGAGGGCGGCGGUGGUAAUUACGAUGAUUAA